ACUUACUUAAUAAAUAAAAGCACGGUGCGUAUUCCUAAAUAUUCUUUUAAGCCGCUAUUUUACGCUAUAGUAUUGAUAAACCUAUUAUUCCGCUUUAAUAAAGUUAAUAUUAUAAUAAAUCGAAAUAGUCUUAAGAAGCUUCUUAACUUUUACUAA